AUGAUAACUGUAACACCUGGCAUUCUUCUGUUAUUACAGAUAAUAGCCUGCAUUGAGAUGGGAUACUUGCAGAGAGUUGAUAAGGGAGAUUACCUGGGAGAAGAUCUGAAAUUUACGCCCAAGGAAAACAAAGGACUGGUAUUAAGAAUUGUUAAGAUGGUUCUGGAUAAGAAGAAUAUUGAAGAGUUGGUGGAUCUUGAAUCAUCUGAGUCCGAAAUCAUCAGCAAAGAUGAUAUAGUUGGGUUUGUGACGAAGAAGGAUAACUACCUCUCUGUAGCAGGUAGAUCAUUCAGGCUCUCAAAAUACAAAAGACGUGGAAAUGGAAGAAUGUUCAAUCUACCAAGCAAUGCAAUGGUUCAUUUUAACGGCAAUAAGACAGCAUUUCAGAUGAUUGCAGCCAGAAAGCCAAAUACGUUCAUAUUGGCCAAUAAAGACCAAUAUGUUGUAGUUAAAAAUCAAAAACUAAGUUUAACAGAGACCAAGAAGAAGGCACAGGUAUUCAAAAUGGCACGGGUGAAAUCAAAGGAUAUAGAGAGUGAGGAAUCAAGUGAAGAAUCAGAAGAAGAUAGGAAGAAAAAGAAGAAAAGGAAAAGAGAUGAAUCCACUGAAGAGGAAGAAUCAGAAGAAGAGUCAGAAGAAGAAAGAGAGUCAACUGGAAAAAGAGGAAAAGACAAAAAGGAUCCAAGAAAGAAGACACAGCUUCCAGAACCAACAGAUAAUUUAAACAGGCACGUUGAUAAUUUAAAGAAAACACACAACGAAAUGGUAAACAAGAUACAGGAAGGUUUGAAAAGCAGAGAGAAGAGUGAGAAGGUUCAGAAAGAACUCGACAAGGCAAAGGAGGAGCUAGCGGCAUUGAAGAAGGAACUUGAUGAAGCAAAGAAGAGCGAUAAAGAGAAGGAGAAGGAACUUGAGAACCUGAAGAAAGAAGUAGAACGACUUGAGAAGAAAACAAAGGAAGCAGAUGAAAAGAAGGAUAAGGAUAAGAUGAAAGAAGGGUCAGAUGAAAAUGAUAGCAGUGAACCUGAAAGAAAACAUAAGAAGGGAAGAAAGCAUAAAAAGCGUGUUUAUGAGGCGUAUAAAGAUAAAGAAGGAUCAAGUAACUCAUCAAGUGAAACAUCUGAUGAGUGUGAUGGAAUGAUGGAUAGAAACUACGGAUGUAUUCAGUCUCCUCAAUUGGGAUAUCAACAGCCACAGAUGCCAUAUAAUAGCCCAAUUACAAUGCCAUAUAGUCCACAAUCCAUUCAACCAGGCCAAUUUGUACCAAAUUCAGAUUCUGUUGGAAAGGCAAUUACGAACCUAACCAAUCUGAUGCAUCAUAAUAAUGGAGGCGGAAAUGGAUUCCAGCAACAGCAGCAACCCGAUGUAGAUUGUACGCAUCCAAUAACACUUGAAGAUGAAUGCUACAAGUCACGAAAGAAGGGCAGAAAGCAUAAAUCCAAGAGAAGAAACAAAACAGUGAAUUGUCCUGGAUAUGGCAUGCCAAUACCACACAACAAAGAAUGCAUGCCAUACAACAAUAAUCCAAUGAUGCAAUACAUGCAGCAGCCACAUACACACUUUUAG